UUGACUCAAAUGAAAAAUGAUCAAAAUGACAUAAAAUGUCACAAUAAGUGUAAAAAAUUUAAGCCGAAAAAAUGCCCGAUACAGAGGACAAACCCUUUGGUUUCGGCAGCGCUGUUAAGCGCUUUCGUCCUUUGGGGCUUCACCCAGAACUGAUUACCGUAAACACAACAAAUCCUCUUGGUCCCGGACAAUACGAUCCUAAACCGGCUUGUUGUAAAUACAAAAAUAAUGCAGCCAGUUGGAAGGUAAAAUUAGACAGUGAAGAAUUUUCCAAGUAUUUGGGCUUUCGAAACCCUCAAGUAUUAUGCGAUCGCAUGUUUGAAAGAACCCUUGGAGGGCCAGGAACUUACGAACUUUUUGACUAUAAAGAAAAAGGAGUUUCCACUUUGGAAAACGUUGGUUUUGGGAGUGGAGAAAGAUUUCACUCGGCUAUUAGGGAUGAAACAUUACCACCUGGUUGUCACACUCUCAAAACUUUAACAACAAAAUUUACAAAAACACCAACUUUUGAAUUUGAUGGUAUUACAUCGAGGUUCAAAAACACUGAACCCCCAUAUAGAAAGGCCCCAAAUCGUUACAAAUUACCCACUUAUUGCAUCACAAAUAAAGUUGUUUCAAAAAGAGGCCCUUAUGACACGUUCACCGGACCUCGUGACGAAACAACAAUUAAAAACCACUUUGCUCCUCCUCUUUUUAAAUCACCUGACACUUUUUACGCCAUACCUAGUGCAGUUGACCACCUUCUGUACCACCCGAGCAAAAAAAGGAAUGGUAAAUUCUUGUUGGAAGAGAGGUUCCCGGAAGGUUUGUCUGUAACCGCGACCAAAAAUGGGUUCAGUAUGUUCAUGAGAGAUCCAGAAUAUCCAAGUCCUGCCCAAUAUGAAGUUUCACAAGGGAUCAAAGCGGCCAAAAAAAGUUUGCAUCCUUUUAACAGCUCAAACGUGAAUGCCAGACCCCCAGCAAACUGGAAAAUUCAUCCAGGGCCGGACCGCUACAAGGUAAAAUAUCCCACAUGCCACCAGAAGAGCGUCAAAGGCUCUUGGAUGUUCCUGUCGACGACCGAGCGCGAGUUGGUCAAAGUGGAGAGCUACAGCAAUUUUAUCUACUAAACACCUCUGAUAAAUAAACGAUUAGCACGU